UUUUUUUUCUUGUCCCCUUCUCAUAAUUCAUUACUUACCUCCCUUUCUCUUUAUUUGCUUCUGCCUCUUUAACCCCGUCUUGUCAAUUUCUGGUCUCGCCUGUCGCUUGCCAGCAUGCCUCUGGAAGCCCGCGUGAAAUCUGUCCUGUCCGGCGACACGGUGGUGCUGUCGCAUAUCAACAACCCGGGCCAGGAACGUAUCCUCAGUCUUGCAUAUGUCUCCGCGCCGAGGCUACGCAGAGAGGGAGAUGAGCCGUACGGCUUCCAUUCCCGAGAGUUUCUCCGCGAGCUCCUAGUCGGAAAAGUCGUACAAUUUCAAAUCCUGUACACCAUCCCUACCGGUGCUAAGCGCGACUACGGUACAAUCAAACUCCCGACCUUCGACGUCUCCCUCCCCGACAUCAGCGUCCAGGAAGGAUGGACUCGCGUCCGCGAAGAGGCUGGCAAGCGCAGCGACGAGUCUGAAGAGACUGUGGCGUACCUGCAACGACUCCGUGCAUUGGAGGAGCAUGCCCAGACGGAGGGCAAGGGAACAUGGGCAGGCACAGAGAGUGGUCGCACAGAGACCACUUAUGAGCUGUCUGACCCUAAGGCGCUGGUUGACGAAUGGAAGGACAAGCACUUGGAAGGUAUCGUCGAGAGGGUUCUGAACGGCGACCGCCUGAUCGUCCGUUUGCUCCUCUCUUCGGAGGAACACCUGCAGGUUGUCGCUGCCAUGGCGGGUGUUCGUGCCCCAGCAGCCAAGCGAGUGACGGCCGACGGCAAGGAACAGUCUGCAGAGCCGUAUGGAGACGAAGCAUUCCAGUUCGUCGAAUCGAGGAUUCUGCAGCGCAAGGUCCAGGUGAAUCUUCUGGGCGUCACCCCUCAGGGUCAACUGAUUGCUAGUGUUCUCCACCCGAACGGCAAUGUUGCCAAGUUCCUGCUGGAAGCUGGUCUGGCUCGUUGCCACGAUCAUCACUCCGCCCUGCUUGGUACUGAGAUGGCAGCUUUUCGCCGUGCGGAGAAAGUAGCCAAGGACGCCAGAGUGGGCAUCUUCACUGGUCUAGUUGCUCCCAAGGGUCCUGCUGGCGGGGCCGAGGACUACGUCGUUGGCCGCGUGCUGAAUGCAGACACGCUCUUUAUUCGCAACAAGGCCGGUCAGGAGAAGAAGAUCCAGCUCAGCAGUGUCAGGCAACCGAAGCCGUCUGAUCCCAAGCAGGCUCCUUUUGCCGCCGAUGCUAAGGAGUUUGUGCGCAAGAGAAUCAUUGGAAAGCACGUCAAGGUCACUAUUAACGGCAAGAAGCCCGCUACGGAGGGAUACGAGGAGAGGGAGGUUGCCACCGUUGUUCAAGGAAACACCAACAUCGCUCUGGCCCUUGUCCAGGCGGGUUACGCUUCCGUCAUCCGUCACCGCCAGGAUGACGAGGACCGGUCUCCUGAGUAUGACAACCUCAUGCUUGCUGAAGCAGAGGCCCAGGCCGAAGGCAAGGGCAUGUGGGCUGCCAAGCCCCCCAAGCCCAAGCAGUACCAGGAUUACUCGGAAAGCGUUCAGAAGGCCAAGAUGGAAGUUUCCAUUCUCCAGCGCCAGAAGCGUGUGCCGGCUAUUGUCGACUUUGUCAAGUCGGGAUCUCGGUUCACCGUUCUGGUUCCUCGUGAGAACGCCAAGUUGACUCUUGUCUUGUCGGGUAUCCGCGCUCCCCGGUCUGCCCGUAACCCCGGUGAGGCAUCCGAGCCUUGCGGCCAGGAGGCUCACGAUCUUGCGAACAAGCGCUGCAUGCAGCGUGAUGUUGAGAUCGACGUGGAGACCAUUGACAAGGUCGGUGGAUUCAUUGGUACUCUGUAUGUGAACAAGGAGAACUUCACCAAGGUCCUCCUUGAGGAGGGACUUGCUACUGUCCACGCUUACUCUGCUGAGCAGUCUGGUCACGCUACUGAAUACUUUGCUGCGGAGCAAAGGGCUAAGGAGGCCCGCAAGGGUCUCUGGCAUGACUGGGACCCUAGCAAGGACAUCGUUGAAGAUGAGGAGGAGCCUGCCAACAGCAACAACAACACUGACACCGAGGUUGCCCAGCGUCGCAAGGACUACCGCGAUGUGAUGGUCACCUAUGUCGACCCUACUACUGGCCGCGUUAAGGUCCAGCAGAUUGGCACAGGCACCUCUGCCUUGACGGAGUUGAUGAGUGCUUUCCGUUCGUUCCACCUCAACAAGGCCAACGACACUCCGCUCCCUGGACCUCCCAAGGCGGGCGACUUCGUUGCCGCCAAGUUCACCGAGGACAACGAGUGGUACCGCGCUAAGGUCCGUCGCAAUGACCGUGAAAACCAGCAGGCUGAGGUUGUUUACAUUGACUUCGGUAACUCGGAGGUCCUGCCCUGGUCCCGUCUCCGGCCCUUGAGCCAGCCGCAGUUCUCCGUUCAGAAGCUUCGCGCCCAGGCGGCUGAUGCGGUGCUCUCCUUUGUCCAGUUCCCUGGUGCCGAAGAUUACCUGCAAGAUGCAGUCAGCUUCCUCGAAGACCAAGUUUACAACCGUGAGCUUGUUGCCAACGUCGACUACGUGUCUCCAGACGGAACCCUGCACGUCACCUUGCUGGACCCUACCGAGUCCAAGAACCUGGAUCACAGUAUCAAUGCCGACAUUGUUCGUGAGGGUUUGGCCAUGGUGCCCAGGAAGCUGAAGGCCUGGGAGCGGGCCGCUACUGAGACAGUGUCCCACCUCCGCAGCGUAGAAGAGGAGGCGAAGCAGGAACGACGGGAUGACAUAAGCGGAUGUUAUCUCCGCGACUGUCCGAUGCGGCGAAUUGCCUUUCCCGACUUCGCAGCGAUUCGACGUAGCCGGCGCCUGCUCAACUUGAAACAAGGCCUCGUGACGGGCUUGAAACAUAAGACUAUAACCGACUUCCGCCGACGCCGAGCUCAGCUCUUCCAAGGACCCGCUUCAUCUUCAAUACUUCCUCCUUUGCAAUCGCCCAAUCCAAAGCAUACCCAGUCUCCUCAAUCCAGCACAAUGCCUUUCUGGGGAACGAAAUCCUCUCAGCCUGCGGCGGAGAGCGAUGCCAAAUCUACGCAAGAUGCGACCGAUCCUAUCAACGAUCCCGUUGCGUCGGCCUCGCAGGCGGCUGGCACGGCGUGGCUCGCUGGCCAUCUCCACCACCUGACUGAUGACCAGGAGAAGAAGCUGGAAGACUUCAAGAAACUGUGUGAGGAGAAGGGUUACUACAAGCCGGAACGGGAUGGAGAGAAGGCCAGCCAUGAUGAUGCGACGAUGCUGCGCUUCCUUCGCGCGCGCAAGUUCGACGUUGACGGCGCUUGGGGCCAGUUUAAGGACACCGAGGAGUGGCGCCGGGAUAAUGCCAUUGAGUCGCUCUACGAGAACAUUGAUGUGGACUCCUACGAUGCUGCCCGGCGAAUGUAUCCCCAAUGGACCGGUCGUCGAGACCGCCGCGGUAUUCCCGUCUACGUUUUUGAGAUCAAGCAUCUAAACAGCAAGAACAUGGCUGCAUACAACGAGACCAUGUCCUCUUCAACCACCGCCGAAACGCACCAGUCCUCCACGGUCCCGCAGCGUCUUCUGCGUCUGUUUGCUCUCUACGAGAACCUCCUCAACUUCGUCAUGCCUCUGUGCUCGAAGCUUCCUCGGCCUAACCCCGAAACUCCCAUUGUCACCUCUACCAACAUCGUGGAUGUUAGUGGCGUUGGGCUCAAGCAAUUCUGGAACCUGAAGGGGCACAUGCAGGAUGCUAGUGUUUUGGCUACUGCUCACUACCCGGAAACCUUGGACCGAAUCUUUCUAUCCUCGAAGAUCAUCGGUGCUCCUUCUUUCUUCCCUACAGUCUGGGGUUGGAUUAAGCGCUGGUUUGACCCUGGAACCACUUCGAAGAUUUUCAUCCUCUCCGCCGCUGAAGUAAAGCCCACCCUGACAGCCUUCAUGGAUCCGUCCAGCAUCCCCAAGCAGUACGGUGGCGACUUGGACUGGCAGUGGGGCGACAUGCCUUAUCUCGACGAGGAGGCCCGCAAGGUCGUCGGGGUCCUGGAAACUCCUCCUGCCGAGGGUGAGACCAAGCCCGACUUCAUCAAGGGCCCAGUUCUGUUCAAGGACGACCACGUCGAAGUCCUCGGAAAAGUGAACGGCGAGAGCCGCAAGUCCAACAUCCCUGUUGGCGCAACUCCAGCUCAAUCAAACAACAACGCCUCCCCAGCGCAGGCUGAAAAGCCCACUGAGCAGGAGCAGACCAGCGAGAACGAGAAAGUCCCCCUGCAAGAACCGGCUCCCACAUCGGAGACUGAGACACAACCAGUGACUGCAUAA